GGAUACCCCUGAAGUGGGGAAAUGGAACUCUUAACAUUCAGGGAUGUGGCAACAGAAUUGUCUCCAGAAGAGUGGAAAUGCCUGCACCCUGCCCAGCAGAAUUUGUAUAGAGAUGUGAUGUUGGAGAACUACAGAAACCUGGUCUCUCUGGGUGUUGCUAUCUCUAACCCAGACCUGGUCACCUGUCUGGAGCAAAUAAAAGAGCCCUACAAUGUGAAGAUACAUAAGAUCAUAGCCAGACCCCUAGUGAUCUGCCUUUAA